AUGCCUCGGAGCUUUAAAAUUAGCGUGCCUGCUUCAUCGGCUAAUAUUGGACCUGGAUACGAUGUUUUAGGUAUCGGGUUAGCGUUGUAUUUGACGCUGGAUGUUGAAAUUAAUGCCAAAAAUGCCAACGAAACUAAUGAAGACCCAAACAACUGUAACAUUAGCUACACCGAAGAUAGUGAGGGUUUCGGAAACGUUCCGCUCAAAUCGGACGAGAAUUUGAUCACCAGAACGGCGUUGUACGUUCUUCGGUGCAACAACAACCGGACUUUUCCAUCUGGCACUAAAGUGCAUAUCCACAACCCCAUUCCUCUAGGUCGUGGUUUGGGAUCCUCUGGCGCGGCCGUGGUGGCUGGUGUCAUGCUUGGUAACGAAGUGGGUCAACUGGGCUUCUCCAGACAGCGCAUGCUAGACUAUUGCCUGAUGAUUGAGCGUCACCCAGAUAACAUCACGGCUGCGAUGAUGGGUGGAUUCGUAGGCUCCUUUUUAAGAGACCUCACCCCUGCGGAGAUGGAAAGACGCGAGAUUCCAUUGAGCGAGGUUCUUGGCGAACCAAAUGGUGGUGAGAACACUGGUUUAGUACCACCAAGCCCUCCUAUGAACAUUGGCCGCCACGUAUCCUACAACUGGAACAAGGACAUCAAGUGUAUUGCUAUCAUUCCAAACUUUGAGGUAUCUACCGCUGAUUCUAGAGGUGUCUUGCCCCAGGCCUAUACCGCUAAAGAUUUGGUUUUCAAUCUGCAGAGACUGGCCGUUUUGACCACAGCGUUGACUCAAUCACCUCCAAACCCAGAGUUGAUUUACCCAGCAAUGCAAGACCGUGUGCACCAACCUUACAGAAAGACUUUGAUACCAGGUUUGACCGAGAUUCUAUCAAGUGUCACUCCUUCGACAUACCCUGGUCUCCUGGGUAUCUGUUUGUCUGGUGCAGGUCCCACCAUUUUGGCCUUGGCCGUGGAUAACUUCGAAGACAUCGCGUUGGAAAUCAUUAAUAGAUUUUCAAAAAACAACAUCGGUUGCAGCUGGAAAUUGCUGGAUCUUGCUUACGAAGGUGCCCAACUGGAAAAUUGA